CACUAACAAAGAAGAAAUCUCCCGCCCCAUCCGCUGUUCUUGUUAAAGAGAGGCGGGAGAGUCCAACUGCCUUAACCUGUACUUUGGUGUCCUCCUUGGCUUUUUUCUCCUAAAAAAAAGUUUCACUUCUGGAUAAAAAAUGGUGCGCACCAAAGCGGACAGUGUGCCCGGAUCUUACAGAAAAGCUGUUGCAGCUUCUGCACCCAGGAAGUCUCUGGGCGCCAGUUCAGCCAACGCGUCCUCCGCCUCAUCCUCCAGCCAGUCGGCCACUCCUGCAAAAAACAAGUAUGCUGGAGGGAACCCCGUGUGCGUUCGACCCACUCCCACCUGGCAGAAGGGCAUCGGAGACUUCUUUGGUGGUCCAGGAAGGAAGCCUGAGAAGGAGAACCAGAGGCCCCAGCCGGCUAAUGAGGUUGACGAUGAAGAGGCUGGAGGCAGCGGCAUGUCCAAGACCAGCAGGAAGUCCAGGCCGCUUCCUGCUGAAGAAGAGGAUGAAGAAGACUGAAGAUAACUGAAUUCUGUUUUUUUUUUUUUUCGUUUCUUUUUUUAAAUAAUUGUAAAUGUGUAUAUACAUUUCUGAAUUACAUGUAUAGUUCAUUGCUGCAACUUUUUUUUAUUAUUUGAUGUUUUGGUGUGUUUUACAGUGAGAUGUUUGCCUUUUCACUGGAUCAUUUUGCAU